GCGGGGCCUGCUGUGCUGGAAUGUGGCGGCGGCGACGCGGGCGGCGGCGGCCCAGGUUGGGAACGGGGGCCGGUGCUGAUGAGGGGUGCUGAUCCCCGGCUGCUCCCGCUCCUGACACCCAGCGCUGGCAGCGGCGGGGCGGCUCCCGCUCCGAGGGCCCCGCAGCCAUGUCCACCUUCCGCCAGGAGAGCGUGGAGGAUUUCUAUGAGAUGGGAGAAGAGCUGGGCAGCGGGCAGUUCGCCAUCGUCAGGAAGUGCCGGGAGAGGAAGACGGGGCUGGAGUACGCGGCCAAGUUCAUCAAGAAGCGGCGGCUGUCGUCCAGCCGCAGGGGCGUGAGCCGCGAGGAGAUCGAGCGCGAGGUGGACAUCCUGCGCGAGAUCCAGCACCCCAACAUCAUCACCCUGCACGACAUCUUCGAGAACAAGACCGACGUGGUGCUCAUCCUGGAGCUGGUGUCCGGCGGGGAGCUCUUCGACUUCCUGGCCGAGAAGGAGUCGCUGACGGAGGAGGAGGCCACGCAGUUCCUCAAGCAGAUCCUGGACGGGGUGCACUACCUGCACUCCAAGCGCAUCGCCCACUUCGACCUCAAGCCAGAGAACAUCAUGCUGCUGGACAAGAACGUGCCAAACCCUCGCAUCAAACUCAUCGACUUCGGGAUCGCCCACAAGAUCGAGGCUGGCAAUGAGUUCAAGAACAUCUUUGGGACCCCAGAGUUUGUAGCCCCAGAAAUUGUGAACUACGAGCCCCUGGGGCUGGAGGCCGACAUGUGGAGCAUCGGGGUCAUCACCUACAUCCUGCUGAGCGGAGCCUCCCCGUUCCUGGGGGAGACAAAGCAGGAGACGCUGACCAACAUCUCUGCUGUCAACUACGACUUCGAUGAGGAAUAUUUCAGCAACACCAGCGAGCUGGCCAAGGACUUCAUCCGCCGCCUGCUGGUCAAGGACCCCAAGAAGCGAAUGACCAUCGCCCAGAGCCUGGAGCACCCUUGGAUUAAGGUGAUCAAGAGGAGGAACGUGCGCAACGAGGACAGCGGCAAGAAGCCCGAGCGGCGCCGGCUGAAGACCACGCGCCUCAAGGAGUACACCAUCAAAUCCCACUCCAGCAUGCCCCCCAACAACACCUACAUCAACUUCGAGCGCUUCUCCAAGGUCAUGGAGGAGGUGGCUGCGGCCGAGGAGAGCCUCCGAGAGCUGGGCAGGAACAAGAAGUCCUUCCAGGAGGACAUCGAGGCGCUGCUGUCCAUCUACGAGGAGAAGGAGUCGUGGUACAAAGAGGAGAACGAGAGCAUCAGCCAGGACCUGCGGCAGAUCCGGCAGGAGCUGCACAAGACGGAGGCGCUGAAGAAGCAGGCGCAGGAGGAGACCAAGAGCGUGGUGCAGGCGGCCAACGGGCUCAAGCGGCGCUACCGCAAGCUGGAGAACCACUACGAGGCCCUGGCCAAGCAGGUGGCCUCGGAGAUGAAGUUCGUGCAGGAGCUGGUGUGGUCCAUCGAGAGGGAGAAGCUGCAGAGCAGCGAGGGCGACGGCAGCAUCCGCUAACCCUGCUCAGCCCCGGGGGCUGCGCUGCUCCCCGGUGCCCCUGCUCCUCC